AUGAGAGAAAAGUCCUUAUUUGUAAGGCUCUUUCCUGCUAGUACUGCUAAAGGGGGUUCUACUACUACAACUACAACGUAUGGAAAAAAUGCGCACAACGGCGGCAAGCCAUUUCAGGACGAAAAAGUGGAAAGCAUUAUUUUCGUUUUUCAGACAAUCACUCAAAUUUUUCAGACAAUCACUCAAACAGAGCUUCUACCAUUGUUUAAUGAAAAAUGUGGUACAGUUCGACGAAUUUCCCGAAAGACUAUGCAAACAAUGAAAGAUGAUUAUGGUAUGGCUGUAUCGAUAUGUAAUGUAUCUAAAUAA